GAGCUGCUGAAGCGUGGCGCACGACACAGAGGCUGAUUCUGGUAAGAUUGACUUCUGUCCCUGCUCAGGGUGCUCUGUGAAGAGCGGCGAAGCAUUCUCGCCUGUCGGGUCUGUCAGUGGUCUGAUCAGGGCUAGACCUUCGCUAGAUCAACACCAGCACGAGACUCAGAUCAGCCUGCUGUGCUUCAUCUGUUCUCAUUCUGCUACGCUGGUCACACCUAACUCUCUGUUGAUGAUGCCAUCAGAACAUUCAAGCAUCAAAUAAUUAAUGUCCAGUCCUGAACACCCAAGCCAGGUCUUCAUUACAACUCUGCUGAUGACUCCGAGAUCGUUCUGAAUCAUCUGGCCUCGACUAGCGACGGCCAUGAAGUUCCUGUUGUUCUCCAGCAUCGGGUUCUUCAUGCUGGACUCUUGCAUGAGCCACACUUUGUUCACUUGCGAGCCUGUGCAUGUGCAGUGGUGCCACGGCAUGCCCUACAACUCCACUUUCUUCCCCAACAUGCUGGAGCACUACGACCAGGACAUCGCUGCAGAGAAGAUGAAGCAUUUCAUGCCUUUGGCCAGCCUGCGCUGUUCUCCUGACGUGCAUCUGUUCCUGUGCCAAGCUUUUGUUCCUGAGUGCAGGAAACACACGCAUGUCCUGCGUCCGUGCAGAGAGCUGUGUGAGCGUGUACUGUCUGACUGCAGCAGAGACAUGGUCACCUUCGGCAUCAGCUGGCCGUCUGAGCUGCAGUGUGACCGAUUGGAGUCAUGUCACGUUUCUCCAGACGGUUCUGUGGUUUCAGCUGUGGAAGUGACCACAGCCAGAAGCUCUCUGUCCUCCGGUCGGGAUCUGGGUUUCUGGUGCCCCCUUCAGCUGAAGACUCAUCCUGGUCAAGGUGGAUCUUUUCUUGGGGCUCAAGACUGCGCUCCUCCGUGUGACUACAUGUACCUUAAACCGCAAGAAGUUCAGUUCACCAAGACCUUCAUCGGCGUGUGUUCCAUUGUGUGCUUAUGUGCGACUCUUUUCACAUUUUUAACCUUCCUCAUUGAUGUGAAGCGUUUUCGCUACCCUGAGCGGCCAAUCAUCUUCUACUCCGUCUGCUACAGUUUUGUCUCUCUGGUCUAUUUUGUUGGUUUUCUGCUGGGUAAAGAGGCGGCCUGUAACGAGCCGAGUCUGCCGGGCCGUGUGUGGACGGUUGUGUUGGGAGCCCAGAGUCGCGUCUGCUCGCUGCUCUUCAUGCUGCUGUAUUUCUUCUCCACUGCGGGAAUGGUGUGGUGGGUCGUGCUGACCAUCACCUGGUUUCUGGCCGCGGGGCCGAAGUGGAGCUGUGAAGCGAUAGAGAAGAAGGCGGUGUGGUUCCACACGGUGUCCUGGGGUCUCCCCGGAGUGCUCACUGUCGUGCUGCUGGUGCUCAAUAAGGUGGAGGGAGACGGCAUCAGCGGCGUGUGCUUCGUGGGGCUCUACGAUCUCACGGUUCUGCGCUGGUUUGUUGUGGCUCCACUGGCGAUCGCUGUGCUGGUCGGCCUCUCGCUGCUGCUCGCCGGCAUCAUGUCUCUGAACCGCGUGCGUCAGGUGAUCCAGCAUGACGAGCAGAACCAGGAGAAGCUGAAGAAGUUCAUGAUUCGCAUCGGAGUGUUCAGCGGCCUGUACCUGCUGCCUCUGCUGGUGCUGCUCGGCUGCUAUCUGUACGAACAAGCCCACCGCAGCCGCUGGGAGAACAGCUGGAUCAGCCAGCACUGCCAGGAAUACAGCAUUCCCUGCUCCCGCCGCAGUAUUGAUGUGGAGCAGCCUGAGCUCACGUUGUUUCUCAUUAAAUAUCUGAUGACACUGGUUGUGGGAAUAUCAGCCGUGUUCUGGGUCAGCAGUAAGAAAACCUGCUCCGAAUGGGCAUCAUUCCUCAAGAGAACUCGCAAGAAAGAUCCCAUCAGUGAGAGUCGGCGCGUUCUGCAGGAGUCCUGCGAGUUCUUCCUCAAGCACAACAGCCGUGUGCAGCACAAGUCCAAGCACUACAAGUCCUCCUCACACAAGCUGAAGGUCGUGUCAAAGUCCAUGGGCACCAGCACAGGCAUGCACACACCUGUCACCAGUAACCACAGCAACACACCUGUCUCCACGGCAAUCCGCAAUCACUACAUUCCAAGCCAGAGCAUCUCUGAUCCGCAUCGUUCCUCAGAGACGUCCGUUCAGGAGCACACUGAGCGCAUAAGACCAACAGCACCAGCUGAGAGACGCAGUAAAGCUGACAGUUCCAGUCGCAUCAGCAGCCACGCUGAAAGCUCACACAGGUUGACACCCAAAGAUGAUUUGCUGGAGGCUGACCAGAGCUCCGCCCACUGCACCAACACCCAAUGAAAUCACAGGAUCGGCUUUGCAUCGGAAUGGAGCUUAAGGAGAGAGACUUCUAGCUAUGCCUUUAUCUCUCUCUGUACAUUUCAAUUAUUGAAUCCUUGUCUCUGGAAGCUUUGUUUUAAUUCCUGUACACUACUGUAAAUAUGAGCUACAUUACCAUUAUAACCCAAUGAUGAUUUUACUGACAGUAUCUAACUACAGUCAACAUGAAUCUAUCAGUUCUGUAGCGUUUUUGUAGGAACAAGAUUGCACACUUGUAAACUUCUCUAAGUGAUUCAUCACGGGAAUAGUCUUAACACUGACACUUCUGACCUGAAUUUAUGAAUGAAAGCAACAGAUUUAAUUCAGGACUCAGUCUUAGACUCAGAAUUUGCACAAGUGCACAAACUGUAUGCCAAAAACACAUCCUAAGAGAAUAAACCAGUUAGACAGCAAGAAUGUUUAAAAAUAUCAGCUUUCUCUGCACUAGUAAAUUUAGUCUUCAAAUUAAAAUUAUGAAAAUUAAGGCUAUGUUCACACUUGGUGUCUUUUUUGAAGCUGCCUGCAUCUGCUUUACAGUAUAACCCUAUGGAGUAAACCGUGUUUGUCCUGAGCUUUUUUUAAAACGCCCACCGCCGGAGUCUUUUUCUGCAGCUCCGAGCAUCUUUUCAAGUUGAAAAAAACGUAACUUUUCUGUAAAAAAAAAAAAAAAACGCACUGCCUCAAGUGCCUUUUUGACAGCUGACCAAUGACAAGCGAGUGUCAA